CGCAAUGAUAUUCCAGCCGGAGCGUAAAUGUUGACGGUCUAUCAACAACAAAGAUGGCUACCAACAGACGCUAACUUCAAUUUGACAAUUGAAGGGUAAAUCAUGUAACGGUACGAUCCCAAAUCUGUUUGAAACGGCAUUGACAUCAUAUUGACAAAAGCAGAUUUUCUUCGAAUAUAAAUAAACAAACCUACAGGUAUCUGAAGACACUAGGCUAACCUGUGAUCACCUACCCCAGGAGGUUAGACUGAAGGAGCGUGCCUGACCUCUGACCCCUGACCUCCAGUCCCACCAUGGUGCUGAAGAUAUUCUUCCCUCAGUGCUGUAACAAGGCAGACAGUGGGCUGCUUGUGGGGCGAUGGAUCCCAGGACAGAACUCGGCAGUGGUGCUAGCUGUCAUCCACUACCCCUUCAUCCCUGGACAGGUCAAGCAGUACAUCCACCAGAUGCGUGGCCAGAGUGGGGUGGAUCUGACGGUGCUGGGCUCGUGGAGCAUGCCCAAGGAGGGCCAGGAGGGCAUGGAGAGUUUCCUCAGGGACCUCAGCACCAUCUUCCCCAGGGAGUGGCUCCAGCUCAGUAGAGAGAUGGGCAAGAUAGGCUUCAGGUGUCACGUCCUCACAAGGGACCCGAAUGGGAAGCUGAUACAACAGGAAAAGGAGCUGAAAGAGGAUGGUGGUGGAGAGAAAGGAGGAAAGGGAGGAGAGGGAGAGAAAGGAGGAAAGGGAGGAGAGGGAGAGAAAGGAGGAAAGGGAGGAGAGGGAGAGAAAGGAGAAGGAGGAAAGGGAGGAGAGGGAGAGAAAGGAGGAAAGGGAGGAGAGGGAAAGAAAGGAGGAACAAAGAAAGGAGGAGGAGAGAAUAAAGUAGAGGGAGAGGAAGGAGGAGGAGAGAAGGACAAGGUGAUCUUUAUCCACUAUGAACAGAGGAAGGUCAUGCUGUCUCAGCUGCACCCCGUAGACAACGGGCUUCCAGACCCUCAAACGGAGUCACAACUACCACAGGUGAGGACGUGGACUCACAGUGUUUGGGACAGUUGUCAGAGUGAGCCGCUGUUCUUCCUGGAUAACCAUGAUGACGACCUGUCUGUCUACUACCUGCCAGUGAAGAUGAGCCUCUGGGUGUGUGUGUCAGUACCUGUCUGUCUGCUAACCACCUGGAUACUAACCUGGAUACUAACACUGUGGACCAGCCUCUGUAGUAGCAGGAUAUUGAAUGUGCGCCCGAUGAGGUUCAUCUCCAGUAAGUUGUCUACUUGUCUCCAGCUGAGCUACAGAACAGAACACCUUCAGACAGUCUGCUCUCCUACCAGAGCCACCGCACACAACCACUUCAUGAGGAAAGCCAAUAUCUUUGUGUCGUUCUUUGUGGAUGUGUCUCUGGGCCUGCUGCUGGUGUCGUGGAUGUAUAGAGAGAACCGUAUAGGCAAACUAGCCAACACACUGGUACCUGCUGCUGACCAUGUAGCUAAAGAGCUGGAGGAGCUGUUGCAGUGGCUGAUGGGAGCUCCAGCUGGUCUGAAGAUGAACCGGGCUCUAGACCAGGUGUUAGGACGAUUCUUCCUCUACCAUAUACACCUGUGGAUCAGCUACAUUCACCUGAUGUCUCCGUUCAUUGAGAUGAUUCUGUGGUACGUGGGUCUGUCUGCCUGCCUGGGCUUGACCUUUGCCCUCUCCCUGCUCUCUGACAUCACCGCCCUGCUCACCUUCCACAUCUACUGUUUCUACGUCUAUGGAGCCAGGCUGUACUGUAUGACAGUAUAUGGUCUGUCCUCUCUGUGGAGGCUGUUCAGGGGGAAGAAAUGGAAUGUCCUCAGACAGAGAGUAGACUCCUGCUCUUAUGACCUGGACCAGUUGUUCAUCGGGACGUUACUCUUCACCAUCCUGCUGUUCCUCCUGCCAACCACAGCUCUAUACUACCUAGUGUUUACCCUGCUCCGCCUUGUGGUAGUAAUGUUCCAGGGAGUAUAUCUCCACCUCAGUGUUGACUUCAUCAACUCCUUCCCUCUGUUCGCCAUGGGCCUCCGACUCUUCAGAUCCUACAGACUGGCAGAGGGGGUGAAGUUCAGAGUGCUCUGUGAGGAACCAGGAACACCUCUACACCUCAUGAUGGAUAUUAACCCUCUGAAGGUGAGCAGUGUGGUUCAGACCUACAGGACCCCCACCUACAGCUGCUACCCUAAAGACUCCUGGCUGGCCCUCUGCAAGAAGCUGUUCCUGGGAGAACUCAUCUACCCCUGGAGACACAAGACCACCAAGAUAGACUAGGACCAGGGGAGAGAGAGAUGGGGGGGGGUUCUGGGAGAACUCAUCUCCCCUGGAGACACCACCAAGAUCAACUGAGACCAGGGAGAGACCGGGAAUAGAGAAG